AUGGCGGAGCUCUCGAGCGCGGCGCCCGAUCGCUCGCUGCUGGCCAUGAUGGACGAGGCGCAGCAGCGUCUGCAGCACCUGGAGAUCUCGUGCCGCCAGAUCCUGUCGCCCACCUCCUCUACUAACGCGAUCCCCACUGCCGCCGCCUCCAGCCCGGACGUGAAGCUGCUGCAGCUGCAGGUCGCGCACCUCCAGACGCAGCUGCUGGCCACCGUGGAGCGCCGCGAGGACGAGGACGUGGCCUUCCGCCAGGCGGCGCAGUACGCGGCGGCCAAGGGCGUGUCCAACGGCGUCCUGCACUCGCUGUUCGACCAGGCCAACCUGGGCAAGGUCUCGGAGCUAAGGACGUACCUGGACUCGGGCUCCAUCCCCACGCGCGACGGGCUCAGGCACUGGCGGCUGGACCUGCGCAACGUGCGCAAUGAGGCCGGAGCCACGCUGCUGCAUGUGGCGGUGGGGGUGUCCAUGGCCAGGGAGAAGGUCAAGGUCAAGCUGGUGCACUUGCUGGUGGACAGAGUGGGCUUCGACCCGAACGUCCGGGACGUGUUUGGGCAGACGCCGCUGCAUGUGGCAGCUAUGGGGGGAUUCCAGGAGGCGGUUCAAGCGCUGCUGGAACGAGGAGCUGACCCAGCGGCUCAGGAUAGAUCGGGGCUUACGGCGCUGUCGCUGGUGCGCACGCUGUCUAGGCCGCCGGAGGAGGUCGUGCAGACGCUGGUGGAGGCGGAAAAUGCAGCAAUUCGAAACGCUCGCUCUGGGUCGGCGUCCAUUCCUCUCUCUAAAGCGAUGGCAUCAGCUCUGUUCUUGAAAAGGCUAUCUCGAUUCGUUCUAGAACGCUACUCCAAUGCGUUUACUCGUCAGACUACGGCAUUGGUGAACGCACUGCUAGAAGCCCCGGAGGAGGCCAACAUUGCAUUCGACCAAGUCCUUCAAGAACGAGUGCCUAUGCUGUUCGAGGUCCUGCCUGCCUGCCAAGUGGUCCGGCUUGACACGAUUUUUGCGAGCACGCUCUUCUGGGAUCAAGAUUUCAUCAACGACCUCAAACUGGAGGCAUAUGGAUACGGGCUCUCGCUUGUCUCGCCUGGACUAACCAAUCACGCGCUCUUUGGCCCAACUUGGUUUGGGGUGCUGUCGAAACUAAUUCAGUGCCUCAAGGUAGAGAUGGCGGAUCCUGCUGAAGGGGAAAUAGAUGGCGAAGUGGAGGACACGGCAUCGCCUCGAGCGCCUUCGAAGGAUGGGGAUGUGGUUAUGGGAGAACCAAGCGACAACUGUGACGGUGCUCUGAUGGUGCCCCCACGACGAAAGCUGUCGAUAUCCUCGUCCUCCUCAUCACUCGCGAAGGACCCUCGUACCGCGCUAUACUACGCCGACCAAACGACGUGUGUUGCCAAGACGCGUCAGAUGUGGUAUUACGCAGUGCUCUUCAAGGCAUCGGCGCACGCUUUCCCCGGAACUCUUGCGCUAACACCAGAAAGCGACGUAGCGAUCUCAUCGGAGGAUGUGUCCAAGUACUUCCCGCUUGAAGAUCGCCUUUUGAUAGGGUCAGCAGAGUAUAUUGCGAUCGAGUACAACUCGCAGACCCGAGAAAUCCGCCUUGAUCGCAAAUACGAUGGAAAAGUAGCCGCGACUGUGAAGGCAUACCUGACAGGAGGUGGCCUAUCUCGGCUACCUCCGUACCUUGCAGUCAAGAGAAUUUGGGAGCGCGAACCGGGCAACAAAUACGAAGAUCAAAUGAGCAGCGAGCAGGAGCUGUUCCAGGACUACCAGUUCAUUGAUCCGGAAAGUGAAUACGAGGUGGCGAUUAAACUAGGACCCAUACCAAACGGGAAAGAUGCAAGAGCCAUUGUUGCUGAGUGGAAGAAAACGACCAAGCAGCUAUUUGUUUCACGAGAAUGCAAGUCUGGACAGGCAUCUUGUGAGUACUAUUGUCCGCAGCGCAGUGGGCAUGCUCUGUGCUUGGGAACGAUGGCUGUGAUAGGACAAGGCCUCGCCAAACGAAUUCUUGGGCGACCGACCUUCUCAAAGCCAUUGAAGCCUCGCGCCUCUCUUCAACGGCUUCAGAACCGCUUCAAAGGAUCCGAAGAGUGGCCAGGAUCACCCUCAAGUGUGCCACCAGCAAUUCUAGCAACUUCUCCGUAA